GCAGUCGUUUUCGGUGGUGGUCGUGAGCUGUGCUAGAAGUCGGGCGUUGUAAACCUAUCACGUGACUACGCGUUCUGAGUAGCCUUUUUUGCGGUUCAUCGUCGGACAAAACCAGGACAAAUCGGAGAGGCGUAGUCGAACUUUAUGUUUCGAACCUGGUCGAACUUGAACGCUCGAACCUCGACUGUCUCCACGGGUUUGCGACAGACUUGACAUCGACUCCGAUAAAGUGACUCAAGUGAACUCGAGCUCGAGUCGCAGGCAUUGACGGCAAAAUUGAGCCGAAAAGUAUUCCGCAUGAUGCGUAGGGUCGAUUGGUGAUUCUAGGACCUCCCGCUCUCCCGUCGCCCCUGAAACGCUGACCCUUGUUUUGGUUGGAAGUGUGGCUGUCUGCUCGGGCGGGUGUGCUCACGGUUCUCUCCUCGGUGCGCUCCUGAGAGUCCGAGAAGAUGGUGACCAUUCAUCAGUCAUAUAUGGUGGUGGAGUGCAACCGAUCCUACAUUGACCUCCUAUUCUUCCAUGACCCGGAGAAGUGUCUGGAAGGAAUCAUCCAACUGAAGAAUUCGGUCAUUGGGAGCAACAACCAGAAGGCCACCGUCAUUCGGAUGGGACUGGUGCCGAGGCUGCUGCAGAUCCUGCGAGAAGAGUCGCACCCGCAGCUGCUAUGCGAGACAGCGGUGAUUGUGAACAGCCUGGCCAAGGGCACCCAGGAGAACACGCAGGCGUUGCUGGACGCCGGUGUGGUGCCCGUGCUGCUCCAGGGUCUGGUGCAGUCUGAGGGGGCGUACGUGGAGGCGUGCCUGCGCUGCCUGCGGACGCUGGUGCGGUCGGAGGUGGCCCCGGUGGACUGGCUGCACCAGGAGGCGUGGGUGGUGCCACACCUGGUGCGGGUGGCACGUGCGGGGCCACCCUCUAGCCAGGAGAGCGUGGCGGCCAUGCUGGGGGCCCUGUGCCGCACGCCUGACCACCAGCGUUGUCUCUGCUCCCACGGGGCGGUGCCAGUGCUGGCGGCGCUGCUCUGCUCCCCUCUGCAUCGGGUGCAGCUGCCCAGCGUGCGCUGCCUGGCCCAGAUGUGCUACCAAAAUGGCCAGGUGUCGCAGAUGCUGGCCACAACCAGCUACGGCGGCCGCUCGGUGCCGGAUCUGCUGGUGCAGCUUAUGGCCCGGGACCGGCCCAGCGAGAUGCAGCUGGCAGCUGCCAAGUGCUUGACCUUCCUGAGCCGGGCUGGCGCAGUGCACUCGGAGGACCCCCGCGUCGUUUUCAAGGCGCUGCCGACGCUGGUGCGCCUGUGCAAGAAGGAGCAGAGCGCGGAGGAGCGGGGCGAAGCGGCCGAGACACUGGCCUACCUGGUGGAGGUGGACACGGAGCUGCAGCGUAUUGCCAGCAUCAGUGACCACCUGAUCCCCACGCUGGCCGAGCUGCUCAAGUACCAGCCCCCGUCUGCCGUGGUGCUCUACAAGGGCUCUGUGCCGGCCGUCGCCAUGAAGAAGCUGGAGCACGAGCUGAAGGUGAUGCAGGAGUUGAAGCAGGCGGCCUUCAAGGCCUUCGGGGCCCUGGGUGCCAACGACGAAGACAUCCGCAAGCGGAUAAUCGAGACGGACUCGCUGAUGGAGCACGUGGUGUCGAGCCUGUCGGACACCAACGGUCGGGUGCGGCUGGCGGCGGUGCGAUGCCUGCACAGCCUGUCGCGGUCGGUGCAGCAGCUGCGCACCACCUUCCAAGACCACGCCGUGUGGCGCCCCCUCAUGUGCCUGCUGCACAACGCUCCGGAUGACAUCCUUCUUGUGGCCUCGUCGACGCUCUGCAACCUGCUGCUUGAGUUCUCGCCCAGCAAAGAGCCCAUCUUGGAGUGCGGAGCGGUGGAGCUGCUGUGCGGGCUGACGCGUCGAGACGAGCCGGCACUGCGCCUCAACGGCUGCUGGGCCCUGAUGAACAUGGCCUUCCAGGCAGACCAGAAGAUCAAGGCCCAGAUUCUGUCGACCCUGGGCACGGACCAAGUGUUCCGGCUGCUCUCGGACCCGGACGUGAGCGUACUCAUGAAGACCCUGGGCCUGCUGCGAAAUCUGCUCUCCAUCAAGCAGCACAUCGACCACAUCAUGGAGAGCCACGGCACCCAGAUAAUGCAGGCAGUGAUCCUGAUCCUGGAGGGGGACCACAGUGCCGACGUGAAGGAGCAGGCACUGUGUAUUCUGGCCAACAUUGCUGACGGGGACACUGCCAAGGCCUUCAUCAUGUCCAACGAGGACGUGCUGAAGAAGCUCACCACCUACAUUGCCCACUCCAACGUCAAGCUCCAGAUAGCUGCCACCUUCUGCAUCUCCAACCUGGUCUGGAACGAGGAGGAAGGUGCCCGCGAACGGCAAGCCAAGCUGCGAGAGCUCGGAGUGCAGAAGCUGCUGCAGUCGCUGCUCAUCACAAGCGACACAACACUUUUCGACAAGGUCAAGACGGCGCUGCAGCAGUUCUCUUGAUCUUCAGACAGCACUGCAGCGACCGAGUGCAGUGCACAGUGACGCCGGGCUGGCAGCCCCCCGGUGGGGCGUGCGGUCGGCCAGCGGCACCGGGCGGCCACUGGGGACGGGGGGGAGCCUUCGGAGGCACGCCGCUUGCUCCCGUCCCCGCCGCUUUUGCUCGUGCCUCCCUAGACCUAGAGACCCCCUUGUCGUUCGGGAGAGGCAAUAAACUGAGCGAACCUCAA